UGUAGGUUAGCCACCCUUCUCUUACCUAUCACCGAGAAUUACAAAAUUACAAUUCUACAUCUUAUUCUAUUCUACUCUACACACACAUAUUACUGUCUCCUCGUCUACAAAAAUGGUCCACAUAGCUGCACCCAACCAGCUGUAACUUGCAACAACAUUAGGUCUAAAAACCCAUCAAUUGAGCCAAAAAAAAAAAAAAAAAAAACCGAGGACCGGAUCGUCUCGUUGCCGGGCCAGCCGGAGGUGAGCUUUGCUCAAUUCUCAGGCUAUGUUACGGUGAACAAGAAGCACGGGAGGGCUCUUUUCUACUGGCUCACUGAGGCGACUUCUCACUCCAACAGAAAACCCUUGGUUCUUUGGCUCAAUGGAGGUCCGGGUUGCUCUUCGGUGGCCUACGGCGCUUCAGAAGAGGUCGGGCCGUUUCGGAUCAACAGAACCGGUUCCACGCUCUAUCUCAACAAGUUCUCAUGGAAUAGAGAGGCCAACCUUCUGUUUCUUGAAUCACCGGCUGGUGUGGGUUUCUCUUACACAAACACUAGCUCCGAUCUGAAGACCUCCGGCGAUGAUCGCACUGCUCAAGAUGCGCUUGUAUUUCUCAUACAAUGGAUGGAGAGAUUCCCACAGUACAAGCAUAGAGAUUUCUACAUUGCUGGAGAAAGCUAUGCAGGGCACUAUGUACCUCAGCUGGCGAAGAAAAUUCAUGAUCACAACAAAGCUUCUUCGAAUCCCUCCAUCAAUCUCAAGGGAUUCAUUGUAGGCAACGCAGUCACAGACAACUACUACGACAGCCUUGGCACAGUCUCCUACUGGUGGACACACUCCAUGAUCUCAGAUCGAACCUAUCGAUCAAUAAUCUCCAGUUGCAACUUCACCUCCUCAAACACUUCUCAUGAGUGCGACCAUGCAAUGAACUAUGCCAUGAACCAUGAGUUCGGCGACAUCGAUCAGUACAGCAUCUAUACUCCCUCGUGCCCUGCUGCCACUGCCUCUUCGUCUUCCAACUCGACAUCUCCGUUCAGGUUCAAGAAUACUCUACUUCGAAGAAGACGGUAUGGAUAUGAUCCAUGCACUGAGAAUUAUGCUGAGAAGUAUUACAAUCGGCCAGAGGUUCAGAGGGCAAUGCAUGCAAAUUUGACCGGGAUUCCUUAUAGAUGGACUGCGUGCAGUGACGUGCUGAUCAAGGAGUGGACGGAUUCGCAGUUUUCUAUGCUGCCUACGUACAAGGAGUUGAUUGCAGCAGGGCUAAGAAUAUGGGUUUUCAGUGGAGACACGGACUCUGUUGUUCCAGUAACUGCAACGAGGUUUUCAAUCAGCCAUCUCAAUUUGAAGGUCAAGGUCCCUUGGUAUCCAUGGUACUCCCAUAGACAGGUUGGAGGAUGGACUGAAGUUUAUGAAGGACUUACAUUUGCGACAGUAAGAGGAGCAGGACAUGAGGUCCCUCUAUUCCAACCAAAGAGAGCAUUUCAGCUGUUUCGAUCUUUUUUGACAGGGAACCCAUUGCCCAAGUCCUAGGAGCUCCCUCUUUCUCUCUGCAACUGUCUUUCCAUCAAAAGGAAAACCAAUUUAUGGAUUGAUCAUAAGGUAUAGAGAUGUAGAAGCCACUUACAGAUAUCUGGAAUUGUUCGUUUUGUAGCCUGAAGGAUAUCAGAAAGCUGGCGUUGGCACUGAUAAGUCUUUCAUGAGCACAAAAGUUUCUCCCAUACAACUCAUGGGUCAUAAAAUUGUAAGCAAAUUAUUUAUUGAACUUUUGAUUUGCUUCUUUCCGCAGUUCAUUAUUCAUGUUAGUGCACUGCUGUACUUUAUCAAACAUGAAGAGCAUAUAUAUUUUUUGCUCAUUUUUAAUUAGCCAGAGCUACUGACUAGUACUCAAAAUUGUUAUUGUAUCAUUGUUAGCAUUGCAAUCAUGGCCUACUUACAGCAAAUUGUGCUGAUAA